GGAGGCGGGGCGGCGCGGCGCAUGCGCGGCUGGGCAGAGCCGCCGGCCCGCGGGCGCCAUGGUGUUCCUCACCGCGCAGCUGUGGCUGCGGAGCCGGCUCACUGACCGCUACUGGCGGGUACAGGAGGUGCUGCGGCAUGCGCGGCACUUCCGCGGAAGGAAGAACCGGUGCUACCGCCUGGCGGUGCGAGCGGUGACCAGAGCGUUUGUGAAAUGCACGAAAGCGCGACGACUGAAGAAGAGGAACAUGAGGACACUCUGGAUUAAUCGAAUUACAGCUGCCUCCCAGGAACAUGGCCUGAAGUACCCAGCAUUCAUUGUCAAUUUAAUUAAGUGCCAGGUGGAGCUCAACAGGAAAGUACUUGCGGAUCUAGCCAUCUAUGAACCAAAGACUUUUAAAUCUUUGGCUGCUUUGGCCAAAACAAGGAGACAAGAAGGAUUUGCUGCUGCCCUGGGGGAUGGGAAAGAACCCGAAGGCAUAUUUUCCAGAGUGGUGCAGUAUCACUGAGGGGGACUGCAACACUGUCUGCCCUUUGCAGCCGAGCGUCUUAGGAAGUCGUCUUUUCCCAUCACAGUAAUUCAAGUAGGGGCUAAGAAUUAUUUGUCACCAGUGUGGUUUAUCACCAGUUACUAAUUUACAUUUUAGUAAUAGGUGUAAGAGGCCUCUUUUCCCCUCACUGCGACAGAUCUAGAAAUCGCACAAAUUGUACAAAUAAAGUUCGUGUGGUAUUCAGA